AUCUUGGGAUCGCACCACCACCACCACCACCGGAAACGAGUAGGUAGGUAACAGGCAAUGGUCGUCCACGAUUUACUUCAAAUCUCAGGUGCUGGCCAGGCAUGAACCGAAAGCACCCUGCUGCAGUGCUGCUCCUGCCCGCGAUCUCUGGUCUGGUCUGCUCUAAGACUCUGAGUUGGAUCCAGUUUCUUAAAUUUUUAGCUUUUGUAGCCCUUCUGCUAACUGUCCUCCAGCUCCAGGCCCUUAGGCCGCUGCGCAUCAGGUGGCUAGGCAGGGCCCAUGGGUCCAUUGCCAUGGGGGGCAAUGGCAUAUCCACAGGCCACGUCUGCUGUCACAUCUCCAUAUUUCCACAUUUCCACAUUUCCACGAGCGCGGAGCGCCCCAACCGUUCCACGUCCGUCCACGUCGUUCCACUUCGUGUUCAAGCAUCCGGCUCCUCCGCCGGCUGACGGACCGUGGCGCAGGUUUUGGGCGGCUUUUCUCCAAAGUGCUGCUCGCUG